CAGCUCUGCUCAUCUUUUGCCUGCCAACCCCAUCAAACCCAACCCCCCCAAGCAAGCUGUCACAGUCAAUAGAGAUCCAAAAGCAUUAAAUUUUCUAAAUUUCUGGGAGGAAAUUCAUGAUCCCAUUUAUUCAAUGCCUAAAAAGUUCCAAUUUUUCUGAUGAAAUCCCACUAAAAAGCAAACAAGUUGCCCACUUCCCUCCUCCUCCUCCUCCGCUUCUAUACUUCUUCUAGAGAGAGAAAGAGAGAGGGAGACCCAGACCCAGUUUUGCUCUCUGCAGCAGUAGGGUAGAGAGAGAGAGAGGGAGAUGAGAUGAGAUGAAAAAGCAUUGCCUUGUUGUCGGCCAGUAGAACUUCAACUGGGUGGAAGAGGAAUAGGAGGAAGAGGAAAAGGAGUUCUCCCUGCUCCGCCUGUCAUCUUCUAGAUGUCCCUUCGCUUCUCACAAAGACCCAACAACCGCAAUCACUCCCACGAAAAAUCUCAGUCCCAAAGGUCCAAUUUCUCGACAUCGUCCAAUGAGGUCCCUCCAAAGUGUUGCAUUCCCGAUAAAGGGUUGGGAUCUUUUUUGUGCUGCUGAUGGAUGAUCCUGUCAUUCUUCUUUUAGCUACGAGUGAAAGCUGAAGCAUGGACAUGGUUCUUGUUGUUGCUCUGAGGAGGGAGCUCCUUUAGUUCGAUUGCUGUGAACUCCAAACCAGCUGUCAGAUAUGUGUCUCGAUAUAACGCCCCGAUGUCUUAUCCGUAUUGCGUUGGCACUUGUGGUUGUGUCCUCGGUUUUGUGCAUUUUGGAUGGACUAAAUCCCGAGGGGCACUUCCUCAUAGAGAUCAAGGACGACGGCCUCCACGAUGAGUUUGACUAUCUCGCUAAUUGGAAUGCUAGUGAUGAAACUCCGUGCGGAUGGGUUGGCGUAAAUUGCUCCUCUGACAAUGUUGUUGUCUCCCUGGAUUUGAAUUCAAUGAACCUCUCUGGGACCCUGAGUCCGAGCAUAGGUGAACUGGUCGAGCUAACCUAUCUCGACAUCUCUUACAAUGCCUUCACAGGAAGCAUUCCUAGAGAGAUUGGGAACUGUUCGAAAUUGGAGAUGCUUCUUCUGAACAAUAAUGAGUUUGUUGAACCGCUCCCUGCUGAAGUGGGUAAGCUGAAUUUUCUCACCACUCUCAACAUAUGCAAUAAUAAGAUCUCUGGGGCCUUGCCUAAUGAGAUUGGGAGCCUGUCCUCACUAGAGGAUUUUGUUGCAUACACGAACAAUCUCAUGGGCCCUCUGCCUGCUUCAAUCGGGAACUUGAAGAGGCUGAAGAGGUUUCGAGCUGGGCAAAAUGCUAUCUCAGGGAGCAUACCUGUGGAGCUGGGUGGGUGUGAGAGCUUGGAGUAUUUAGGUCUGGCACAGAAUUACAUUGGAGGUGAAUUGCCAAAGGAAAUUGGGAUGUUAAGAAGCUUGACUGACUUGAUACUCUGGGAGAAUGAGCUCUCAGGUAGUAUCCCAGGGGAAAUCGGGAAUUGCACCAACCUCGAGACCCUCGCAUUGUAUGAGAACAACCUCGUUGGGCCAAUACCUCGAGAAAUAGGGAACCUCAGGUCCCUGAAGAAGUUGUAUCUAUACAGGAAUCACUUGAAUGGAACCAUCCCCAGGGAGGUGGGAAAUCUGUCUCUCGCAUUGGAAAUUGACUUUUCUGAGAAUGCAUUAAUCGGACAGAUACCAACUGAGUUCAGCUACGUUAAGGGUCUGACCCUGCUGUACCUGUUCCAGAACCAGCUGACUGGUGUUAUACCAAGCGAGCUCAGUAGCCUGAAAAACUUGACAAAGCUUGAUCUUUCCAUCAACUACCUCACGGGGCGAAUCCCAUUCGGGUUUCAGUACUUGCCCAACUUAUUUCAGUUGCAGUUAUUUGACAAUGCCUUAACUGGCAGCAUUCCUCCGGGGCUUGGAUUAUAUAAUCCACUUUGGGUGGUCGACUUUUCAGACAAUGGCCUUACUGGGAGGAUACCGCCUCGUUUGUGCCGACGCUCGAACCUAAUCUUGCUAAACCUUGAAUCCAACAAGCUUUAUGGCAACAUACCUGAUGGAAUACUAAACUGUAAAUCACUAGUGCAGCUACGCUUGGUCAGGAACCGCAUCACAGGAAGCUUCCCCUCAGAAAUAUGCAUGUUGGAGAACCUAGCCGCUCUUGAGCUAGGACAUAACAAGUUCAGCGGUCCAAUCCCUCAGGAGAUAGGACAAUGCAAAAGAUUGCAGAGGCUCGAUCUUGCGGGAAAUUACUUCACAUCAGAUUUGCCCUUGGAGAUAGGGAAUCUAUCGCAGCUUGUGACGUUCAAUAUCUCUUCCAACUCACUGUCAGGACUUGUCCCACUUGAGAUCGUAAACUGCACCCUGCUCCAGCGCCUUGAUCUCAGCAAAAAUGACUUCUCUGGUCCUCUGCCUAUGGAGUUUGGGACCUUUUCACACUUGGAGCUUCUCAGGUUUUCAGACAAUAAAUUUUCGGGGAAUAUAGCCUCGUCUUUGGGGAAGUUAUCUCACCUUACGGAACUUCAAAUGGGGGGAAACUCAUUCACGGGGGAAAUUCCCCCUGAGUUGGGCACUCUCUCGAGCUUGCAGAUUGCUUUGAAUCUCAGCUACAAUAACCUCAACGGGACAAUACCGCCAGAGCUAGGAAAUCUUAAUCUACUUGAGUACUUGUUGCUCAACAACAAUAAUUUGAGCGGCGAGAUCCCUGCAACAUUCGAGAACUUAUCGAGUUUAUUUGUAUGCAACUUCUCAUACAAUAACUUGACAGGUCCUUUGCCUGCUGCCUCGCUGUUCCUGCACAUGCCAGUGAGCAGCUUCAUUGGAAACAGAGACCUAUGUGGUGGGCUUCUUGGGGACUGCUAUGAAAAUCCAUCUUCUAGCUCUCUCCCACCGAAGAAAAAUGCCCAGGUUCCACAGGGCAAAAUCAUCACAAUCACUGCUGCUAUUGUUGGAGGUGUUUCACUCAUUCUAAUUGCUGUCAUUCUGUAUUAUAUGCGACUUAGGCCGGAUUCGGUUGUUUCCUUGGGGGAUAAGGAGGCAUCGUCCCCAGAGAGCGAUAUCUACUUCCCUCCAAAGGAAGGUUUCACCUUCCAAGACCUGCUUGAGGCCACAAACAAUUUUCACGAGUCCUAUGUUGUUGGAAAGGGAGCUUGUGGAACCGUCUACAAGGCGGUUAUGCAUUCAGGACAGGUCAUAGCAGCAAAAAGGUUGGCAUCGAACAGGGAAGGGAACAGUAUAGAGAACAGCUUCCAUGCUGAGAUUUUGACCCUUGGGAAGAUUCAGCAUCGGAACAUCGUGAAGCUGUUCGGGUUUUGCCAUCACCAGGGCUCAAAUCUGCUGCUGUAUGAGUACAUGGAAAAUGGUAGCUUGGGGGAAUGGCUUCAUGGAUCGUCCUCAUCCAAUUUCUUGGAUUGGCCCACUCGAUUCAAUAUCGCUCUUGGAGCUGCAGAGGGUCUUUCUUAUUUACACCAUGAUUGCAAGCCGAGGAUAAUCCAUCGAGAUAUAAAGUCUAACAACAUACUUCUCGAUGAGAAUUUUGAAUCACAUGUUGGCGAUUUUGGCUUGGCAAAAAUUUUUGACAUGCCUCAGUCGAAGUCGAUGUCUGCUGUUGUGGGAUCUUAUGGCUAUAUUGCACCUGAAUAUGCAUUCACCAUGAAGAUUACUGAGAAAUGCGACAUCUACAGCUACGGGGUUGUACUACUGGAAUUGCUGACGGGCAGAACUCCUGUACAGCUGCUCGAUCAAGGUGGAGACCUUGUAACGUGGGUAAGACAGUACAUACGAAAUUAUUCGUUGAGUCCUGAAAUCCUGGACACCCGGCUAAAUACCAAGGACAAAGGCAUGGUUGAUCACAUGAUCACCGUCCUUAAGAUAGCUUUACUAUGCACAAAUUCGUCCCCCCAUGACCGGCCGUCAAUGCGGGCAGUUGUGGUGAUGUUGGUCGAGUCUAACAAGCGGGAGGCUAGUUCCAUAUGCCCCCCGACUUGCGAUUCCUCUUCGAAAGUAUCCGACUCAGUUUCGGAUUAUUAACUCAGAUUCAUUUGUUGGUGCUUAAUAUGAUACCUUACUUUUGAUGGUGUAAAUUUUCUUAGGCAAAGAGAACCUCUGAUGAGAUUAAUGAUGUCUUGCAUUUUGUGGGAGUGGUUGUUGAUAAGUGGACUGUGACUCUGAUUUAGAACACUCCCUUCCUCGUACAUAAUUUAGUAUAGUGACAGGCAAUGUUCAGUUGGAAACGCAACAAUAAUAUAUGUAAUGAUCUUUGUAAUGUCAUUCUGAAGCAGAUUGCAAUAAUUCAAAUUAUGAUGGGUUUAUUUGAUUC